ACCUCUCCUCCAAACCCCAAAAUCUCUCUCUCUCUCUCUCUCUAACGCCUUGUUUGUUUGUGCUAAUUUUCAUCUCCUUCUAGAAAACCCCGAAAAUCUUCAACCGAAAUAUAGGCCGACACGUACUGAGAGCUAUACGAUUAUUGUUAGCACUCAUUUAGACUAUUCAAACAGCCUAGAAUUUCAACUGGCCCAAAGAAUUUAGAAUCUUUAAUUUCACCUGAUUGAUCCUUUUGGGUUAAAUUUUCAUACUGCCUGUUUCAAUAUGCCGCCGGCAGCCGGCGUUGUUGCGAAUUCCGAUCGAGUUCACUUUAUGCCUACAGCUGGUGGUGCUCCAGUGGUCCAACCACCUCCCAUGAUGUCUGAGACAUUUGCUAAGGAUGCCAUUUUAGCGUGGUUCAGGGGCGAGUUUGCCGCUGCGAAUGCGAUUAUUGAUGCGCUCUGUAACCAUAUUACUCAGCUGGAAGGCGGCCGAUCGGAAUACGAAUCUGUUUUCGCCGCCAUACAUCGCCGGAGACUGAAUUGGAUUCCAAUUCUUCAGAUGCAGAAGUAUUAUUCCAUUGCUGAUGUCACGCUUGAGCUCAAAAAAGUCGCCGCUAGAAAGGUGACGGACGUGGAACAGAGUGAUGUAAAAGAAGAAGAAAAGGAGAGUGAAGUGAAAGAAUUGCUUAAUGAAAAGGCUAAAUGUCAUGACGAAGAGUCGUUUGAGAACUCCGAAAAUGGAGGCGGUGAGGUGGUAGAUGAAGAUUCAAUCAGAGAGGAUUCAAAUGGAUCGCCGGAAAGUGAGAUCACGGAUACAGGAUCCCAAGAAGUACAGGAUUCUGUGGAACUUUGCUCAAACCAUGAAAAUUGUGAGACAAGGCAUGACCAGAUCAAGAUGACUAAGGGGUUUGUAUCAAAGGAACCAGUCAAAGGACAUAUGGUGAAUGUUGUAAGAGGUCUGAAGUUAUUCGAAGACAUAUUUACUCCGAAUGAACUCUCUAAGUUAGAUGACCUUGUGAAUGAACUUCGAGUUGCUGGUCAAAAUGGUGAACUCUCAGGUGAAACUUUUAUUUUGUACAACCAGCAGGUGAAGGGCAGCAAAAGAGAGCUGAUUCAACUCGGUGCACCAAUUUUUGGGCAUGUAAAAGAGGAUACCACAUAUCAAAAGAGUAACAAUGAGCCCAUUCCAGCUCUUCUGGAAGGUGUCAUAGACCACCUGAUUCAGUGGCAUCUAAUAUCAGAGAGUAGAAGACCUAACAGCUGCAUUAUCAACUUCUUUGAUGAGGGGGAGUAUUCGCAGCCUUUCCUGAAACCACCUCACUUGGAACAGCCAGUCUCCACCCUUCUCCUGGCUGAAUCAAUGAUGGCAUUUGGGCGAAGUCUUGUGAGCGAUAGUGAAGGGAACUACAAAGGAUCGCUCAUGCUUUCUCUUAAAGAGGGGUCUCUUUUGGUCAUGAGGGGGAAUAGUGCUGAUAUGGCCAGGCAUGCCAUGUGCUCAUCUCCUAACAAAAGAGUUACAAUUACAUUCUUUAAAGUCAGAACAGAGAUUGGAAACAAUUUUCCAGAAGUUGCUCCUCUGACUAGAGCCAUGACCUUAUGGCAACCUGGUGUUCCAACACAAUAUGCAACUGCAAAUGGAGUUCACAAUGGUUAUGAGCCAAUGGAUGUGAUCCCCAAAUGGGGUGUCCUUCGAGCUCCGAUGGUUAUGCUAGCACCAGUGGCGCGUCCACUAGUUAUGAGCCCCCGAAAGGCUCCUCGUGGUGGUACUGGUGUAUUUUUGCCAUGGAAUGGUGGAUCCAGAAAACCUGCAAAGCAUCUUCCGCCGCGUGCUCAAAGAGGACGGUUCCUUGCACUGCCUACCCCUAGUGACUCACCUAAAUCAGAGACCACUUCAGAACCAAGUUUGGAUCUUGAUGGGAAAUCACCAUAGAUUCUCCAGUUUGAAGUCUUUAAACACCCUUUGUAGCUGAAGGGGCUUUCUCCUACUGUGUACAAUGAGUGAGAAUGAAUUUGCUUUCUUUUUUCUUAUGGUUUUCACAAGGAUUUUCCUUCUUUUUUAAGGUAGACAUUAGGCGUUGGCUGCUAUACCUGUCCACCUAUGCCAGCCAUGGUAGGCUUUAGAGAUAACUACUAGCUUAGGUAAAUGGAGUGUGUAUUAGCCAAGCAACAGGCUGAAUUUUGUAUUUAAGGUUUUGUUUUCAACAUCCAUCUCUCUAAGAUCAGUAGGGGAUCAUUUUAGGUAAA